GAUAGCCUGCUGCAGAAAGCCAAGAGACCACCAGGAUCCUGAACGGCAGGGGAGUUUUGGCAUCAGCACUCCAUCAGCCCCUCCCAGAACCAAAUGGUACCAUCUGUGCAGGAGGAGGGAGGCUUUCGCUGUCAAGGAUGGGAGAGAUGCACACAAAAAUAGGCAAAGCUCCAGAGCACUUGGAAACCAGUCUGGAGAUUCAUUAGUCAGCAGUAUGCACUGCACCCUCAUCUCCUCAGAUGAAUCAGAGCUGGAGGACCUAAAACUGGGUGAGGAGCUCAUGGUGGACCGCUCCACACAGAGGGUCUGGGAAGACCUGAGCGAUACUGAGAGGCAAAGCUCCAGAGCACUUGGAAACCAAUCUGGAGAUUCAUCAGUCAGCAGCAUGCACUGCUCCCUUUUCUCCUCCAGCUCCUACCAGUCUGAGGUGGAGGACUACAAAGUGGAUGAAGAACUAAUCAAAAUCAUCCACAGGCAUAUGGAGGACAGAGAGGAGGUGGUGAUGGAGAAGUCCCCUGUGCAGUCUGGGCCUACCAUUCUCCUGCUUUAUGCCAUGGCUGCCGUCUCCCGCCUCAGCAAAAUCAAGCCUCCAACUGACCCAGAGCUAGAGUCUGCGAUCCUGCGCUUCGCUGUUCGCGGGGUCAUAGAGGUGCAAGCAGGACAUGUCCACAAACAGGCUCUGCACAAACUCGCAGCAGACAAUCUGGAGCUGAUGCUGAGGGGUUUUUUGUCAGAGGCCCCAACCACACAGCAUCUCUUGUCCCUCCUGGAGAACUCUGCAGAACUCCCCAGUUUUGGCCACAAUGUGCCCAAACUGGGAAUCUGCAUUAUGGAUUCCAGGAGGGAUGUGAGCAGAUACGCCAGGGAGGGAAUCUACCGGCUCCUAGAGGUGCUUCUCCACCACAAAGGCCAGAGCAGCAAAGAAGCUGGGGAGCUGGGGAGCCAGAGAUGGCAGCAGGAUGAGAGAAUUCUGGCCUAUCUCAACACAGCCAGAGUUGGGGAGGUUUUCAGGGAGAUCUUUAACAAAGAUCAGCGAAGAUCCUUCCUGAGGACCACUCUUUGGGCCAUUGAUCAUCCCCUCCACAGGAUUGAAGAGGCUGGUCAGAUUCUGCUGUACUCCCUCCUGGGCAAGGCCGAUGCACUGAUGGGGCAUGAGGUGACUUACUGA